CACCAGAGCCAAGAGUUGCCGUUCCGUGCACCGAUGCCAAAACGCGCAGGAGGAGUCAGUGCCAAAGGGUCAUUUUAGCGCACCACUGCUGAAAUGGAAGGACUGUAGGGAAUCCUGAAGUAAACAGCUGCCAUUUGACCCCCAGAUGAUAUAAUUACAUCAUUAAAAAUAAGAAAAAGGUUUUUUUUUUUUAAAAAAAAAAAAAAAGAGGAGCUAAAGAGGAGCCAAACAUCCAUCACCGGCUGGAGCGCUCCGUACUUCAUCUGUCACCGCGGUCGCUGCAGAGGUGGGCAGUCCAGGAUUUUUUAUCUGCAAAAGCUCAUUACUGAAAAAAUAAUAUUACUUACAUGCGCACAUAUCAGCUCCUCGGCCGCUUGUAGCCAAACUGCUUCCUUAAAAAAAAACUACACUUUGGCUUCCUUAAUCCAGGUGUUGCUUCCUCCGAGGACGCUGCAGGACAUUGUGGACAAACUGCUCUUCCAUCCUUGUUGCGCUCCCGUCCGACUGGUCACCUCGUUCCAAACGCGCAUCAAAAAAGUUGCAGCUGCACAGACUGUGAAGAGAAGAGGGAUUAGAAAGAGAAGAGGAAGGAAAAGUUGGUCACCUGCGAUCCAGAGAGGACCGACACCACGGUCCAAGCCGACUCCAAGUGCCGUUCACCGGGCGAUGCCAGAGUAAAUGCCGGGGCAAUGUCCCGCCGCAAGCAGGUGAACCCGCAGCACUUUUCGUUGACACACAGGGAGACAAUACAAGCAGAAGCCAAUCAUGACUCAGGGGCAGGUUCUCCAUCUCCGGAGCCGUCCACCCCCAGCCCUCGGAGGGCAGGACCCGGGGAGCACGACCUGCUGACCUGUGGCCAGUGCCAGACCAACUUCCCUCUGGGUGAUAUCCUGGUUUUCAUCGAGCACAAGCGCCGUCUGUGCCGGGGGCCCAGCGGCAGACCGGGGUCCUUCUCCAAGCCCGGGGAGGCCGGCGGGGUCAUGGGCAUCCCCAUCUCUCCCAGGGUCCGGUCGCUGGAGCUGGGCAGAGGCGCCAUUCCGGUGGAAGUGGGCAUCCAGGUGACCCCUGGAGGAGAAGAGGAUGAGGCGAGGAGGCUGACACCGGCCAAGGGGAUCUGCCCCAAACAGGAGAGAGGAGAUAAAGAUGAACCAUCCAGUUACAUCUGUACUACCUGUAAGCAGACCUUCAACAGUGCCUGGUUCCUGCUUCAGCAUGCCCAGCACACUCAUGGCAUCCGCAUCUACCUGGACAACCACCCUGCCAACUGCUCCCUCACUCCCCGCAUGGCUCUGCCUCCCCCUCCGGGAGUCGACGCGCUGCCUCGCUCCCCUCUCCCCACCUUUCUUGGUGACACCAACAACCCAUUCCACCUCCUCCGCAUGGCCGCGCCCCUGCUCAGGGAACACCCCCCUCCUCCGGGGUACAUGGAGACUCGGCUGCCUGCAACGCCGCCCUUCGUCAGCCCUCCACCUCCCCCGAGACCCCCUCUAGAGCGGCUAGGCCCAGAGGAAAUGGGGCUGCUGUCACAGCACCCCAGUGCCUUUGAGAGGGUGAUGCGAAUGACCCCCAUGGAGCCGCCUUCCAUGGACUUCUCCCGGCGACUGAGGGAGCUGGCGGGCAACACAACCAACAAUGGCGGGCCCACGCCUCCUCUCUCACCCAACCGUGUGCCGCCCAUGCACCGUCUACUGAGUCCCACGCUUUUCCAGCCUGGUGCCAAGCCCCCAGCAUUUCUCACCUACGCUCCGCAGCCACCCACCUCUCAGGGGGGACAUGGGUCUUCCAGCCCUCCUGACUCACAGGGUCAGAGCCAGACCCCAGGGAAAUCCAAGUCCUGUGAGUUCUGUGGCAAGAUUUUCAAAUUCCAGAGCAACCUGAUCGUGCACAGACGUAGCCACACAGGAGAGAGGCCGUACAAGUGUCAUCUAUGUGAUCAUGCCUGUUCUCAGGCCAGCAAGCUGAAAAGGCACAUGAAGACACAUAUGCACAACAAGUCUGGGGCCAUGAGCGGCUCUCCAGAGCAGGGAAACAGAGGAGAGGGGGGAGAUGGUGAAGACAAGACAAGGGAAGGAGAUGCAAGAGAAAUGGGGAUGGACAAUGAGGAGGAGGAGGAAGAAGAGGAGGAGGAAGAAGAGGAGGAGGAGGAAGAGGAGGAAGAACUGAGAAAUGGAAGUCGGCCAGAUUCCAACUUGAGCGAGGACUCCCAGGAGUUCAGCCAGAAUAGGGAAAAUGGCCCAAGACACUCUCCUGAGGACAAAUCCCUGAGCGGGAAUAGAGUAAGUGACAGUGGCGGGGUGGGCAUCAUGCACCCGUACAACCACCUGGACAAUCACCUUAGACUUAACCCUAACAAAAGAAGCUUGGAGAGACAACCUAAUGGAGAUGGAGGAGAGAGAGGUGAAGUGGAGAGACAAAGAGACAAUGAGAGGGACCAGGACAGAGAGAGAGACGAGCAGGAGGACCAGAGACCUGUGAUGAACGGAAGGAUCAGCGUAUCCGAAGCGGAGUCCUUCCCUGGGCUGUUCCAGCGUCGGCCGACCCCCAUCACCAGCCCGAGCCCCUCUAACAACAAGAGGAUCAAGAUAGAGAAGGAGCAGCUGGAGAUUCCUCCAACCAUUCCCCUCAUCUCCCCAGAAAACGUCUACUCUCAGCUCCUGGCUGGCUACGCUGCUUCACGCCACUUCAUCAGAGAACCUUUCUUGGGAUUCACUGAUUCCCGCCAGUCGCCGUUCGCCACCUCCUCCGAGCACUCGUCUUCGGAGACGGGGAGCCUCCGUUUCUCCACCCCGCCCGGGGAGCUGAUGGAGGGCGGGAGCGCGUCGGGGCGCAGCGGCAGCAGCACCCCUCACCUCCUGCGGGGACCCGGACCCGGCAGGCCCCCUAGCUCCAAAGACAGGAGGAACGACACCUGCGAGUACUGCGGCAAGGUGUUCAAGAACUGCAGCAACCUGACGGUGCACCGACGCAGCCACACGGGGGAGCGGCCCUACAAGUGUGACCUGUGCAGCUACGCCUGCGCCCAGAGCUCCAAGCUGACGCGCCACAUGAAGACCCACGGGCAGUUUGGGAAGGAGGUGUACCGCUGCGACAUCUGCCACAUGCCAUUCAGUGUCUACAGCACGCUGGAGAAACACAUGAAGAAAUGGCAUGGCGAACAUUUGAUGGCCAGCGAGGUCAAACUGGAGCAAGCGGACAGAGGUUAAGCCAGCAACCAGACAGCUUACAGUGUACACAAACACACACAAACACACUCAUACAUGCACACACAAAAAUCCCUAUAACCACUUCUUCAGCAAUGGGGCUUGGCUGGAUAAUCUCUUUAAAAAAUUUGAGAUUUAUUGAUGUUCAUCUUUUUUUCUUGUCAUAGAAACUGCCACCUGAGAAUAUAAACAAAGGGAAACUUUAAUGAGAACUUGUCUGGAACGCCCAACUUGGCGUUUCUUGGCAAACUGAGGAUUUUAUCAGUUAGGAAUCCAUGGAGCCUUUCUACUGUGCAAUAAUUUCUGUAUUUAUUGGAUUUUUGUAAUGAUAUUUGGCAUGUGCAGGUACAUCUUUGUGGGAUUUCAUAUGGAGUUAGUUUUGAAAUGUGCUAAAAAAAAAAAACAACUUUUUUUUCUAAAAUGCGAUGGAAACUUAAAAGAAGUCACCCUUAAUACAAAUUUUUCUUUGUUUUCCUUUAAGGAACCUUAUUAACACGUGAGAGUAAAUUUGUGUGAAGCAGUUAGCUUUUAAAAGUAUAAAAUAAUUGUUUUCUAUAUUAACUGCAGCAGCGGACUACAAUCCAUUCCCUCAUACAGGCCUAAAAGCACUGAAUGUCAGCCUGACAAUAAAGCAUCAUGCUGGAUUUUAAAAAUCCAACAUUAUCUUAAAGACCUGGUAAGUUACAAUUAAUUUAUUCAGGGAAUUUUGUCCUUUUUAAACAUUGGCAUGUGAAUAAUUUCAAAAUGCAGUUACUGUAUUGCUGUCCUUGCUUUUGCGGGGACAUAAAUAGAGGUUGCACUUAAAUGGAGAUACCCUUAACUGAUGCUCAGUACAUUCCCAAUGUAGGAUUAAACCACCAUAUUUAAUAUGUUGAAUAAGUUAAGACUACUUGUGAUUAAUGUGAGAAGGAGAACAGUCCUGUUUAUGGUUUGUAAAUAUAUUCUUUUUUUUAACAUGUUAAAGUAGCCCUGACUGACCAUGAAAGAUGGCCAAAAAUUAAACAAUCAGAAGACCAGCUGCUUGCAUCAUCCACAGUAUAUGCUAAAUGUAACUACCAUGCAUUAUUGCUUUAUCAGACCCAUUCGAUUACCUCCCCCCACGACCCCCACCCCACGUGUGCUUACUCAAAGGCAAUUUGUUAAACUACUUCAACACUCUCCGAAUCGUUCUCCCUCUCGUGUCUGCCAUAGUGGCCCUCCCUGACCCAGGUCGACUUCCUGCGUCCCCCCUAAGGAUCCGCGAAACGGUUUCAAAUGAAAUUCAUAUCAAUAUGUAUGUUGGCGUGUGUUCUUCUCUCCGCAGUAGCGCUCUAAGCCUCUCUCCGACGGCGUCUUUUCACAGUUCACUAGCUCAGAUUCAUGCAUUAGAGCGGCUUUUAAAAGGAAGCCUGUUCAUUCGCCUCACAAAGUGAUACGGGUUUAACUCCCAGUAACAGAUUUUAGAGACAGUGUGCAUGUUCGUGUCUUUUGGGGAUUACGUUUUUUUUAUUUUCUGCAUCGUUCAUCCUGAAAUGAAUCUGGUGCUAAAAAAAAAAAAAAAAAAAAAUAGCUAUGUGAGUUAUGAUAAUUUGGAGCACAGCUGCACUAGGGGAUGGCCGGGCGACCUUGAGUAGGGGCUAUUCGUAAAGCUAAAAAAUGAAAGAAUGGAGCUGAGAAAUGAAGAAGUGUGAGAAAGAAAUAGAAGGAGAGAGAGCAGGACCUUGACCAGGGAGAAUAGUCAUUCAAAUGAAAUUGGAAGCAUAUGAAAAGUGUAUUUUUUUUUAUACCCAAAUGCACAUCUACUGGCCACAUCUUAUAACAGACCAUCGGAGUGAGACAGAGUGAGCGUGAGAGGGAAGGAGACAGCAAAGCCACAUGAAAGGAGAUUGAGACUACAUCUUUCAUUUUUAGUACUGCAAUUCUCAAUCAUCAAAAUCAUCAUCACUUGAAGGUUUGACCUGCUAUUCUGGCCCAUUGUCAGGUUUUAUCUGUGCCACUUUGUUUUGAUAGAAAAAGAGAAAAAAAAAAUCCACUGUACCUUGAAUGCAAAUUCCUCUCUUUGGGAACUUUAGAAAACGGAAAUGAUGUUGAGGUCACGAGAGCUCUCCAUAAGCUAUUCAGUCACCAUGCAGUUCAAUAUGUUUUAGUGAAUUAACAUGAAAAGCGAGAUCGGCUGAAGAGCUACUCUCAGCUUGCUUACACAUGUUCAAGCAUGAGUGCUAACAACAACAAAAAAAAAAAGAUAGGAAAAAAGAAAAAUCAAGGUUGUGAUGUGUAUUCAUUCCAGGAAAACUCAGUUCAGAGUUGGGCCUAAAUGAGCCAUAGAGCUAUGAAUUCGAACACACUUCAAACAAUGAACCCCCACAGAGAUCCAAGUCACACAUGGACAUUCAGUCUUACAAUAUGUUUACAGUGUUGAAGUAUGCCAUUAAUGAAAUACUCUGUGUAAGUGUUUAAAAUGAUAAUAAGUAUUGUUUUUCUCCAAUGUUCUUUCAAAUGAUUUGAAUGCCAUAGCAGUUUUGUAUGAUUAUCCUGGUGGAGGGAUUUUACCUACAUGAAUAUGUUUCUGUAUGAUUGCUUGUUCACUGUAUGGACAGUUUUUUAAAUGUAAUAUUGCAGAAUCAUGCCAGAUUAUUAUUUUUUUCUAAAACAGUGGUGCCAUUAUUGACUUCUGGUAUCUUCUUUUGUUUUUAAUUUUUUUUAAAUUUUUUUUGAAUGAGUCGUUGGUUUUGGUGAAGCUAUCCUUUAUGGAUGUAAAACAAAAUGACAAAAAAAAAAAAAAAAGAGAAGAAUGAACCUAAAGGAGGAACCUUCGGCAGGGGAACACAGUGGUUUGUGCAGGAAUGCUUUUCCAAGGCAAAUAUCUGAGACAUUCAUGGACAUUAAAUUUUUUUUUUUUUGUUCUUUUGCUGUUUUUUUCCCCUCAUGGUUCAGUUUAAAAGGUCUUGUGAUGGCACUUAGAAAUGUAAUUUUAAAAAAAACAUUUUCAUAUUUCACUUUUCACAACUUUCACUUACACUCUUUGUACAAAAAUAGUUUCCUUGUUCUUUUUUGGGGGGGGGAAGUGCAUCAUUGUGAAAAAAAGUGAUUUCAGAACAGUACACAUCUGCUGUUUUGAACAUAUAUGUAUUUUUGUAAUGUGUUGAAAAAUCAAUACAAGAAAGCCAACACUUCAAUAAAUGUUGCAAUUGCUCUAUGAUUGAA